CUUUGUGUUCUUCACCCACUGAUUUCCAUUGUACCUCUCUCUCUAUAUAUUUAUACUAUAGUAUACACAGGCUAAUAGUUCAAACAAAAAAAAAAGGUAUACACAGGCUAAUAGAAAUUAAAUAGAGAUAUACAUACAUGCAUAGAGAGAGUAAGUGGGUCUUUACUACUCUUUAGUGCUCUGUUUCCUGCUAUGCAACUUCAUGGCUAUUUUUGAAGAUAUGGGAGAGAAUCAGUGGGGCUGUUUUGUUCUCUCAGGUCCAUUGAAACUAUAACCCACCAAGUCUCAAAAGCAAAAGCAAACAAAAACAAAAACAAACGGAUCAAUUUUCUUUAUUAUUUUCCUGUUUUUGUUUCUUUCUUCUUCCUUCACUCUCAAGCACAACGUUUUAUGUUCAUUUAUUUUCUAUUUGUACACUUCAUUCUUUAGAAAUCAUGAAGCUUUCUGAUCGUUGAGUGAAUUAUGCUGAAGAAGAAGAGAUCGAGAAGCAUGCAAACAUUAAUGGCGAAUACGAACCAGAAACAGACCAAAACGACGCCGUUUCCACGGCUGUUCACAGCUUUCACCAGCUUCAAAAGCUUCACCGAAAACGACGCCGUCGCCAGCCCAACCUCAACUCUCGACACCAAACCUUUCUCUGUUUUCAAAAACCCUUUUGGACCCGAGAGCCCGAAAACCCACGAACCCAAAAGAACCGGACUAGCCAUCGUCGACUCUCUCAUCCAAGACGAACCCGGAUUCUCCCGACCAAGAUCCGGGUCCAUUCUAUUCGGGUCACAGCUCCGGAUCCGGGUCCCGGACUCUCCACGAUCCUCUUCGGAUUUCGGGACCAAAACAAAGAAUUCUCCGAUCUCCCCUCAGCCGGAAGAAAAAAAAAUUAGCGGGUCGGGUCUCGGGUCGGCCCGAAUCUUGACGGGCUAUUUCUCGACCAGCGAUAUGGAACUAUCGGAGGACUACACGUGCGUGACUUGUCAUGGGCCUAACCCGAGAACGAUCCAUAUAUUCGAUAACUGUAUCGUUGAGAGUCAACCCGGCGUCGUUUUCUUCCGGAGCUCCGACCCCCUUCACGAAUCGAAUCAUUUACCACCCGAUAGCUUUCUCAGUAGCUGCUGUAACUGUAAGAAGAAUCUUGGCCCUCGUGAUGACAUUUUCAUAUAUAGGGGAGACAGAGCCUUCUGUAGCAACGAGUGCAGGUCUCUGGAGAUGAUGUCGGAGGAAGAUGACAUUUGAUGAAAUCAGCUUUUUUUUAGAUUAAAAAAAUGUUAUGAUAAUGACUAAAAUAAAUAACUCGUAAUAUUAAGAUGAAAAUUGUUAGAUAAUAAAUUUUGCUUAGUUGCUUUUUUGCUCGCGGCAGAGUUGGUAUCUGUAUCUAUGUGUGUUAGGUGUCUACAUGCAUAAUCAUAUGCUUCAUCUUUUACU